UGGCAGCUGUUUAAGAGAGGCCUACUCGAGGCUGCCGCCGAAUGCUGCGGAUAUAAACGGGUUGGCCUGACGCCUGGUGGUCAGAAAAGAUCUUCAUGGUGGACACGAGAGGUACAACUGGCAGUUAAAGAGAAGAAGGCAGCGUUCAAGAAAUGGCUUGGAAACAAGGGGCUUCUACUCGCAUAUGAUACGUCGAAGCAGAAAGGCUGCAGCCAAAACAGUGGCAAAAUCCAAAGCUGA